GCCAGAGUCCUGAGUCAGGGUAGUGGACUUUCCAAAAAGACUGACUAAGCCGCUGAUGACACCUGAACGACCAACAGGCGAAGGAGAUCUAUGCCUUGCUCUUCUCAUCGAAUAGCCAUCUGCGUCGCUUCCACCUUCGCCGUCUUCCGAGCCCAAAAAACCAUUAUUAGUUUGAGAAACCUGGCUAUCCUGGCUCAACCUUCUGUCCAAACUACGCCGCCCAGAGUCGAUGCUUUUCCUUCGACUACGUGUCCAUCCUUCGCUACUUCUCCUCCCUGGCUCCACAUGCGACAUUCGCGACACACUGGAGGGAACGGCGGAAUGGCCUGGCCCACUGAAAAUACUUCCUUCAACCGUAUCAUCAUAGGCACUGUAUUGGGAAUCACGUCUUGAGAGUCGACGGUAGGAUAUGGCGGCUUCAAUGUCAAUCGGUGUCGCUCCUUCUGUGUAGUCAUGAAUGAUAGUUGAGCUAGGUUUUGAAGAACUAGCGACGGGAGACAUCUGUAUGGCUUCGGAAGAGGGAGCUCGAGAGUGCAUCAAAGAAUCUCCUAUGAACCCUAUCCUCCUUCUUUGGUAAUCUCUCAUCUGGUGCUGGCCGCCGUUGCCCAUGGUCAGCGUCAAGCGUGUUCUUCUGUACCAUCAUUAUUCUUAGGCCUUCAAACAUCCAGAACUCUUCUUUUGAGUACUACUUGUAAUUAUUGUGUCUUACAUAAAUUAGCAGAUUAUUUUGGGAAUUUAGCAGCGGGUACCAUAUUGCCAAACUAGGGUACUUACCGGUUCUAGUAGUUCAACCACUUAUGUAACUUUCAGCAAACUUGUCACUGACAUGCCACAUGCGUCCAGCGAUUCUGAACCAGAGAGAGUAGCCUUUGGUAGAAAACGCGCCGAUUCUUCGAGCAGCAGGGAAUCAUCUCCUGGACGUGGUCGCCGGAAACGAUCCUUCUCACCCACCUCUGACGAUGGAGAUCUUGUGGUUCCUCCGAUCGCUGACGAUGAUACACCUCCACCAGAAAAUCGACCAUUAAUCAGGCAGGCUUUGGGAUUUACGGCAUCCGGAGCACCUAGUGCUAUCCAAACAUACGAAGCCUCUUCAGUAUCAUCUUCAGCUCGAAAGACCAAGUUUCUGCCUGGUCAAUCAGUAGAGGUCCUCCCAGAGCCCAAAAAGCGGCCGAAAAAGAAGGAGCGAAAGGGCACUUAUGGUGGUCAUACUGGAAGGUUCAGACUCACCGACGUUCCUCCACUAUCUGUUGCUACUUCUACACUUGCCCCGACAACCUCUCAGUUCAGUUCUUGCCCCGCGCAACCACAACCCCCAGCGUCAUUUUCAGAUCCGGGAUCUUCUUCAGGAUUCACCCAGCACCCCCCAUCUUCCUUUGCAACCCAACAGCCAUCGCCGACGCCCACCCAUCACUCUGUCAAUUCUCCAAAUAGUUAUGGAUUCUCGCCUCCACCCGUUACUGCCAACUCGAGCUGUCCUCUGCCACUACAGUCUUAUCAUUCAUACCCUGUUUCCGCUGCUCAGUCUAUGACCCUGGUUGCUCCCUCACAUACGCCCCCAGCUACCUUUGCGACUUCGUCGUCUUCACUGAUGGCUUUCUCUCUUCCUAAGCCUACCGGCCUUCCCUAUAUCAACCCUUCCGGAAACAGCGGCUCUCAUAGCAAUAAUACGAGUAUGAAGACCACUCGGAAGGUUGGUUCAACUCGAUCGAAAUCCUCCAGCCAAACACCCGGGGUAUCCACAAUGACAUCGUCACCCCUUCCAGAGUCCAACGCUCCUACUGUAUCAUACUACCGUAGGAACUACAAUGAUAAGACGCUAACCAACAGCCGUGCUGCAUCGAGGCAGUCGUCUCAGACAGCGACAACCGGGGGGAAAGACAACUCAGCUCGUCGGGAGAGUCAAGCCCAAUCGAAACGGUCUCAAAAUCAAUCUCGUAUCCAAGAGCCGCCGCUACCUAGACCCAAGCGUAUGGUAACGCUCCUGAUAUCAGACAUGCGGAGCGGCAAAGAAGAUUCUCUACUCGUCGAAGUAAGCGUUCCCAUCAGGCCGGUGGAACACGAAAACAAAGAUGCUGGAUUUUGGGCACAGGCAGAGGAUGUUGUCCAAGAACUCCAAGCAUCAACUUCUCGCAUCGAAGGGGAUGCCAAAGUUUUCACCAUGCGGGGCAAGUAUCGUCAAAUCUUUAUGCGAUCAACGUGGGACCGCAGAAGUCAUUUAUCUUCAUGGGAGGUGUCUCCAGCAAAUUUAUCUGUCGCGUCGGACAGAACGCUUCAGCUCAUCGUGGUAGCGCCCCCGAAAAAUGAAAGUGCCCCUUCUCCGGUUCAUAUUCCUCAAGACCUGCGACCCGAUUCUCUCUCGCCUGAACCACAACUGCAACCCGAACCACAACUACGACCACAACCGCCGCCGCCGGCACGAUCUCAGAAUCAGUACUCGGAAAUAUUGUGUAGCAACGUUGAACCUGAACCAUCCCAAAGUGAAUCCAGCCGCAAGAGAUGUCGCUCCAUGAGCAGCUCUCCCUCCUCUAAAUCGCCAACUUCAAUCUAUUCUAGGGACUCAAAGCGACCCAAAUUGAGCACUGGCCCAGAUGUUUCCGAUAUUCCUCAACCUACUGUUCAUACCCAUUCCGAUGAGGAAGACAUUGAACUCAUCGACCAACUCGACCAAGACCUCGUUCAGAAUCACGAUUCUCCAGGGUCAGAUGACGACCAGGAAGAAAUCGAAUCACGGAUUACUGAACGAGUAGAUUGCCUUUUACAAAACGAUGAAGAAUGGCCGAGGUUUUUUGGCUACAAGGCAAAGCCUAAACACGUACCGGCGAUGUUGCAGCAAUACGGGUUUGUGAAGAGGAUGGCGGAUAGAUAUGAGGGGAGGAGGGUGCCAUUUAGGUCGGUGAGGGGAUUGAGAAUUAGGAUGAUUCACAUACUGAAAGCCCUCCAUCUCGAUGAGGAUCCCAAAUUUGGUGAUGACUGUGUGGAGACUAUGAAUCUCCUGGCGUUGUAUGGGCCGGCAGGUAGCCGGUUGCAGGAUCCUAGGGUGAAGGAUGAGAUGGAGAACACUCAAGAACCUGAGUAUAAUUCGAAGCCCAUCAAGAAAUUUUUGAGGUUGUUGCGCUCGAUUGACGAAGAGUGGAAGGCGAAGGGUAUUGAAACAACGCCUCCAGGAGACUCGGAGCCUAUGAUUCGGAGAAAUGACAGUGCAAUUAGAGAUGAAUAGAUACCUCCA